AUGCCGAUAAAAUAAAAAAGUCUUUUUUUUUUUUUCAUUCACUUCACUAUUUUCCUUCUUCCAUUUAUUAAGAACUUUUGGCAGACAACAAAGAAGAUUGAUUCACGUGUUGAGGCCUAUCUUAUUCUGAAGGUUCUUACUUCACCUUUGAUGUCCAUGUUCUUGCUUUCAUUCCAAUGUAAUUUUCUUAAUCGAGAGCAACUCUGCUCUUAAUUCCCCCUGUUCAUAGAAAUUUGUUAGCUUUACUGGGAUUAGUUGUCAUAUUAGUAGCGCAAAAUUGUUCGUGGAGUUCAAAGAGGAAGCUUGAAAGAUAGAGAUGAAGAAUCAGGUUUCUGAUAGAUUUGUGUAAGGUUUUUGGGAGAACCCUAUUUCAAGGUUGUGAUGCUUUCAGGAGAAUCAGGUCAUUUUGCCUCUCAUCUUUUUUUUCUCUACUUUGUUGCUUAUUGGAUAAGAAUCCAUUCAUGGGGCCUCUAUUUGCAUCUUGCCUUCAUCUUCUCUUUUUACCCAAACGAAAAUAAUUAUCUUGGAGAGGCUUUCAGUCUGUUUUAACCCUUGUAUCGUUGAUGUUUUCCCUUUUCAAUUUUAUAUUCAUUUCUACUCUAUUUUCUCUGCAUGUUUGAUGUUUUGCUGCGUUGUUCUACACUUAGGAUCUGGUUAGUAUAUCCAAUCCCAUCAUUGAACUUUGGUUCAGGAUCCUCAAUACAUUUUAUGCGGCGUUCUUAACUUUGUUUACGUUGAGUUUGUGGAGCACUAGAGAUUUGAUUUGGAAAGAUAGGAUUUUGAGAGAUGACAUCAAAGUCGAACAAGGAGAGCUGUUCCAGGAGCAGCUCUACCCGAUCCAAACAUACCGCUAGGGUUUUUGCUCAGACCUCCUUGGAUGCCAAACUUCAUGCUGAGUUCGAGGAUUCUGGCCAGCCAUUUGAUUACUCCAUAACGAUGGGAGCUACAAACCGUUCAACUAGCGGCGGUGGUGGAGGGAGCAGUGGCAUCCCCUCUAGUUCAGUUUCAGCCUAUCUCCAACGAAUGCAGAGAGGGCAGUGCAUUCAACCAUUUGGGUGCAUGGUAGCAAUUGAUGACCACACAUUUAUGAUCAUAGCAUACAGUGAGAAUGCUCCUGAGUUGCUUGAUUUGGCUCCCCAUGCAGUCCCCAACAUUGAGCAGCGGGAAGCUUUAACAAUUGGAAUGGAUGCGCGCACUCUUUUUAGGUCCCUUAGCUCCAUUGCAUUGCAGAAAGCUGCAAGCUUUGUUGAUGUCAAUCUCCUCAAUCCUAUACUAGUGCAUUGCAGAAGCUCUGGGAAGCCCUUUUAUGCGAUUCUACACCGGAUUAAUGAAGGUUUGGUUAUAGACUUGGAGCCUGUUAAUCCAGCAGAUGUACCAGUGACUGCUGCUGGGGCACUUAAAUCCUAUAAACUCGCUGCAAAGGCCAUUUCAAGGUUGCAAUCUUUGCCUAGUGGGAACAUCUCUCUUAUGUGUGAUGUCUUGGUCAGGGAAGUGAGUGAGCUUACUGGCUAUGAUAGGGUGAUGGUUUACAAGUUCCAUGAAGAUGAGCAUGGUGAAGUUAUAGCUGAGUGUCGACGGUCUGAUUUGGAGCCUUAUCUUGGUUUACAUUACCCGGCCACUGACAUACCGCAGGCUUCAAGAUUUCUGUUCAUGAAGAAUAAAGUUAGGAUGAUAUGUGAUUGCACUGCUCACCCUGUCAAAGUGAUCCAGGAUCAUAGGUUGGCUCAGCCUAUGAGCCUAUGUGGCUCCACUUUGAGAGCUCCUCAUGGCUGUCAUGCUCAGUACAUGGCUAACAUGGGAUCAAUUGCCUCUCUCGUGUUAUCCAUUACAAUCAAUGAAGACGAUGAUGACGAAAAUAAGCUGGAUAGUGAUCAGCAGCCAAAGGGUAGGAAGCUUUGGGGAUUGGUAGUUUGCCAUCACACAAGUCCUAGAUUUGUACCAUUCCCGCUUAGAUAUGCUUGUGAAUUCUUGCUUCAAGUUUUUGGAAUACAGUUGAACAAAGAGGUUGAGUUAGCUGCUCAAACAAAGGAGAAGCAUAUACUCCGAACACAGACUGUUAUAUGUGACAUGAUCCUUAGAGAUUCUCCAAUCAGUAUUUUCACACAGUCGCCUAAUGUUAUGGAUCUUGUUAAAUGUGAAGGUGCUGCCCUUUAUUACCGCAAGCAGUUUUGGUUGCUUGGAACAACCCCUACCGAAGCGCAGAUAAAAGAUAUCAUUGCAUGGAUCCAAGAAUAUCAUGAUGGAUCGACAGGCUUAAGCACAGACAGCUUGAGAGAAGCAGGUUAUCCUGGUGCUGAUGCACUAGGAGAUGCUGUUUGUGGAAUGGCUGCAAUUAAAAUCACCUCAUCAGAUUUCAUAUUUUGGUUUAGACCACACACUGCUAAGGAAAUCAAGUGGGGAGGAGCCAAGGAUGAACCUGCUGAUGUAGAAAAUGAAUUCAGGAAAAUGCAUCCCAGGGCUUCUUUUAAAGCAUUUUUGGAGGUGGUUAAACAUCGAAGUCUUCCUUGGGAAGAUGUUGAGAUGGAUGCAAUUCAUUCCUUGCAGCUUAUAUUUCGUGGCUCACUCAAAGAUGAGAUUGUAGCUGUUGAAUCAAAGUCCAUGCUGCAGACGGAAACUUAUGAUAAAAGGAAAACCCAAGGGGUAGAGGAGCUUCGUACGGUUACUAACGAAAUGGUUCGUCUCAUUGAGACUGCAACAGUCCCAAUUCUAGCAGUUGAUGCUUUAGGGACCUUGAAUGGAUGGAACACAAAGGCGGCUGAGCUAACAGGGUUGUCCAUUGAAGAGGCUAUUGGAAUGCCGUUUAUCAACCUUGUUGAGGAUGAAACUUCAGAUGUGGCAAGGAAUGUCCUCAGCUUAGCUUUGCAAGGCAAAGAAGAAAAUAAUGUAGAAAUUAAACUUAAAACUUUUGGUCCUAAACAAAAAGAUGGACCUGUCAUCUUGGUAGUUAAUGCUUGUUGUAGCCAUGACCUGAACGAGAAUGUGGUCGGAGUUUGUUUUGUUGGUCAAGAUAUGACACAGCAUAAAAUGGUUAUGGAUAAAUAUACUCGUAUUCAAGGUGAUUAUACUGCAAUAAUCAGAAAUCCAAGCGCUCUCAUCCCACCAAUAUUCAUGAUUGAUGAGUAUGGUUGCUGUUCUGAGUGGAAUGCUGCCAUGCAAGAAAUUUCUGGUUUGAAAAGAGAGGAUGCAAUUGAUAAAAUGCUCAUAGGGGAGGUUUUUACUCUUCAGGGUUCUGGCUGUAGGGUCAAAGAUCAUGACACUUUAACGAAGCUUAAGAUUGUGCUUAAUGGGGUGAUUGCAGGGCAAGAUGUGGAAAAAUUGCUCUUUGGGUUCUAUGAUGCGAAAGAUAAGUAUGUGGAAGCUUUGCUAUCUGCAAACAAGAAAACAAAUGCUGAAGGGAAGGUUACAGGAGUGUUAUGCUUUUUGCAUGUGGCAAGCCCAGAGCUUCAGCAUGCUUUACAGGUUCAAAGAAUGUCUGAACAAGCUGCCAUGAGUAGUCUAAAGGAGUUGGCUCACCUUCGCCAAGAAAUUAGGAAUCCCUUAGGAGGAAUUGUGUUUACACGCAAUUUGAUGGAGGCUUCAGAGUUAACUGAGCAACAGAAGAAGCUAAUUAGGACCAGUGCACUGUGCCAGGAGCAGUUGGCUAAGAUCUUAGAUGAUGCGGAUUUGGAAAACAUUGAACAGUGCUAUUUGGAGCUAAACAUGGUAGAAUUUAACCUUGGAGAAGCACUUGAAGCAGUCAUAGUCCAGGGGAUGGAUCUUAGCAGGGAACGUCAGGUCUCACUUGUUAAUGAUUCACCUGCAGAGAUCUCUUCUAUGUAUCUGUAUGGAGACAAUUUACGUCUUCAGCAAGUUUUGGCAGACUUCCUUAUAAAUGCACUACAGUUCAGUCCACGGGCCGAAGGAUCAGUAGUUCUCUGUGCCACCCCACGAAAACAAAAUAUAGGAACUGGCGUGCAGAUUGUCCAUCUUGAUGUUAGGAUUAUUCACCCUGCACCGGGUAUUCCAGAGACUCUGGUGCAGGAGAUGUUUCAUCAAAGCCCAGGCAUUUCAAGAGAGGGCCUUGGUUUAUUCUUAAGUCAGAAACUUGUGAAGAUCAUGAAUGGCACAGUACAAUAUCUUAGGGAGGCAGAGAGAUCAUCUUUUAUCGUUCUUGUGGAGUUCCCUUUAGUUUCUCAUACCAAGAAGAGAUGAUCCUGAAUUUAACUGUAAAGUUUCAUAAAUGUUUAGCUGUUGCAGUCAUUUUAUAUUGAGAAUUGACUAUGGGAGGAGCCAUGAACUGUGUACGCCUGUACUUUUCCCCCGUUAGCUUCAAUUUUUGAAACAUUUUUGCUUCAUUUGUAAAUUAGAUAAAUAGUGUAUUUGCUAACGAGUGAAUAAAAUGAGUUCUUCGUUUGUUCCA